GAGAGACAAGUUCUAGAUCAUUGAAAUCCAAGAAGACGGGAAGAAAACUCUCCUUCCCUUGCCCGCAUCGCGUCAACACACCUCCUUCGCAAAUGACAUCACCUCUCAAAACCGCGGACUUUAUCUCCAUCUCCAUCUCCAUCUCACACCAAACCAAGCCAAACCAAACCCCUCAACCGCACAUCGCACCGCAUAUCACUCCCGACCUACGUAUAUCCCUCCCACAUACCCAUCUACUAACCAACUAAGUAGUACUAAUGUAACCGCCCUCCCCCCCGGUCGAAUCACAAGGGUCUCGACCCAUCCAUCCAAACCUCAAAGCGGCUAGCCGAACAGGUGACCAAAACAUCAUGCACUGUCAGCAAGCCCGGUGGGUCUUUUAUCCUUUUUGGGGAGGGUGAAGGGUGGAAUUAGUGGUACGGAGGAGUGAGAUCCCUUCCCCUUUCCCCCCCUCUCCCCCUUCCCCCUCUUCCAUGUCCCAUGGGUCUGCUCUACGCCGGGAGGGUCGGUGCAUGGGCCUGGUAUUCAUCUGGAAAGGUUAAGGGGGAGGACUGUGCUCUGUUUUUUUUUUGUGCAGGCUGAGAGCGGGAGGGUUGAUCCAAUAGGGGUGGGGUUUGUGG